UGUUCUGUUCUAUUCUGUAAUUCUAUUCUAUUCUCUCUUCUCUUCUCUCAUCUCUAUAUUCUAUUCUAUUCUAUUCUAUUCUAUUCUAUUCUAUUCUAUUCUAUUCUAUUCUAUCUUGACUUUGAUCCACUGGUGGACAUUUCUGUGGAAACUGGUCCUUCGUAAACAAAAUGCCACCCAAGCAGUCCUCAACCCAUGACCACAAUAGACUGGGCAGCCACUUCUCUGAAACAGUACAGGUUCUCCUGCUUGAGCAGGGGGCUGGACUAGAAGACCUCCAAGGUCCCUUUUAACUUGGUUAUUCUAUUAUAUUGUAAAUUGUUUUUGGCAGCUGGGCAUGAACGCUUCUCCCUUUUUGAAACCACCCAUCUAUUUGUCUCACCUUCCAGUAUCUAAAUCUCAUGCUUUACUUUCAGCCUCCUGACAACAGAUUUAAGGGCGCUGUGGAAGAAUUUGACAAGAAUGCUGGGUUGGGAUCCCCAAGGAGCAGCCAGGUUUUGCCCUGCUUCUGGCUGUCUUAAAGGUUGAUCAAGGGGACGAGCCUUGACCUGACUGCGGAAUGUCCUAUGCUAAUGGUGAAACGGGUGGACACCCCCGGUGCCCCUUGUCCACGAGUGCCAGUCCUCAGGUGGGGAAACUCAAUGGCCCCCAAAAGGCCACAAAUUGGCUAGAAUCGCAGACAGACUUGAACAAUAUGGAAUAUUCUCCUGUGGCUCCUGAUCCAGAUUCACUGGUGACCAAUGGAUCAAAGAUUCUUCCAGGUCCUGGAGAGGACAAUUCAGCGGAUUCUGCUUUCCAGAUCCAUAGUGAAUCUAGAGGACGCAACGAGGCUCAACAAGCCUACACUCCCAAACGCUUUUACGGGCGACGUUUAGCAAAAACGAGCAUGCAAGGAAAUGUGUACAAUUUCCUGGAAAGGCCGACGGGAUGGAAAUGUUUCAUUUACCAUUUCACAGUAUUUCUGCUGGUGCUGGUUUGUUUAAUUUUCAGUGUUCUGUCUACUAUAGAACAUUAUGCAGAAUUUGCCACCGGAACGCUUUUUUGGAUGGAAAUUGUCUUGGUGGUCUUUUUUGGUGCUGAAUACAUGGUGAGGCUCUGGUCUGCAGGUUGCAGAAGCAAGUACGUUGGCAUCAAAGGGCGGAUACGUUUUGCCAGGAAACCCAUAUCGAUAAUAGAUCUCAUAGUUGUGGUAGCGUCAAUUAUCGUUCUGAGUGUGGGAUCAAAUGGCCAGGUGUUUGCUACCUCUGCAAUAAGGGGAAUCCGGUUUCUGCAGAUCCUUCGCAUGCUUCAUGUAGACCGGCAAGGUGGGACGUGGAGACUCUUAGGCUCCGUGGUCUUCAUACAUCGUCAGGAACUCAUAACUACCCUGUAUAUCGGCUUCUUGGGCCUAAUCUUCUCAUCCUAUUUUGUCUACCUUGCUGAGAAAGAUGCAGUGGAUGAAGAGGGGCAGACUGGAUUCUCCAGCUACGCUGAUGCUCUCUGGUGGGGAGUGGUGACGGUGACCACUAUUGGGUACGGGGAUAAAGUGCCCCAGACAUGGAUUGGCAAGACAAUCGCCUCCUGCUUCUCCGUCUUUGCAAUCUCGUUCUUUGCUCUGCCUGCGGGGAUCCUGGGAUCAGGAUUUGCCCUGAAAGUCCAACAGAAACAGCGCCAGAAACAUUUCAACAGGCAGAUUCCUGCAGCGGCCUCUCUCAUUCAGACUUUGUGGAGGAGCUACGCAGCAGAGAAACCUCAGGGCUGCAUCGCCACCUGGAAGAUUUACGUCACCUCAGCUCAGAUCCCAAAGAAAACAGCAGCACCACCCAGCCCAAAUCUCAGAAAACAGGUGAGAAAAAACAGGGUUGGUUUGUUGGUUUGUUUGUUUAGUUCAGUGGUUCUCAAUCUUUUUAAUGCCGCGACCCCCCGGAUGAUAAAAUUUGAGUCUUCUGUUUUGUUUCAGAGUAAAAGAUACAAGAGGAAAGGAAAAACGGGGCGGGAUCAUGGCUCAACAUCUGUAAAUCCAGGCGACGCAGCGUUGCCCGUUCCUCAGAUUACUUAUGACUUCAGCGAAGAUCAAGAAGACAAGAAAGAGUUGAAUUUCUACCUUGAUGAACCGGGAGUCAAGAAACAUCUGGAAGGCAACAGUGGUGGGAUGUCGAGAGCCAGCAGUUUCACUGAGGAGGUGGAUCUGACAGCUGAAGAGGCUCUUCUGCCUACUGUAACAGAUGUUGCACAGUUAACAGAAACCCAUCGUGCAGCUGUCAAGGUCAUAAGGAGGAUGCAGUAUUUUGUAGCGCGGAGGAAAUUUCAGCAAGCUCGGAAGCCUUACGACGUCCGUGAUGUCAUUGAACAGUAUUCUCAAGGGCACCUCAACAUGAUGGUGAGGAUAAAAGAACUCCAGAGAAGGCUGGACCACUCGCUGGGGAAGCCUGCCCUGUUUCUUCCAGAAAAGGGGUUAGACAAAGGAUACUACACAAUGGGAGCCAGACUGAUUAGACUGGAGGAUAAGGUCAUCCAGAUUGACCAAAAAUUACAUGACAUCAUGGAUGCUCUCCAGACUCAGCUUGGAAAGACGUCACGGGGACAGGCUGCCUCUUCAACCGUGAACCAGCAUCUGAACCAGGAAAUGUAAACUCAUCUGAACCGUCUUUGCUUCCUCUUCCCAUUUCAUAAGUUACCAGAGUUGAGGUUGACUUCCCAAUGGCAUCACCAAGAAGACCGUGAUGAAGCCUGCCCAGCUAUCACUCAGUUUAAGCCACGUUCCUUCCUUACAUUUGCUCUGUGCAUGAUGAGGUAGAACAACAAGUUGGAGAAGAACUGUGAGGAUCACCAAAGGCUUUCUUUCUGCCAGCUCUAAGACUGAAUCGGUUCGGUGUCCUGGGAUGAAUUCUUGGACGGGGAAGCCUCUAGAGCAGUGUUUCCCAAACUUGACAAUU